CUGAGCCGGGGUGGGGGGAAGUGCUUGAUUGUCAGUCUGUCGGUCGGUCUGUCUUGGGAGUGGCGGAGGGAGAGACGGGACCAUGGCGGCCACGGCAGCAGGCGGAGGUCGCUGGGAGGUGGUGAGGAAGGGCCGGCGGCCUGGGGGCGGCGGCGGCGGAGGAGGAGGCGGCGGCUCCCGCCGAGCACUUGGGGAAGCGAACCGGGCGCGGAGCAUCGAGCUGGUCCCUGCCAUCCAGCCCUCAGGCACCCUUUUUGAGCUGGGCUUCCAGAAGGUGAUGAAAAAGCACAACAAGGAGCAAGUGCCCCCACCUGCUCCCACCGAGCACAAGAAAACAGCCAAAAAAACCAAGAAGGCAGCUGCUCUGACCGACCAGAGCGCCAAGCAGGGCCGCUUUCGAAGCCUGGAGGAGGCGAUGAAGGCUCUAGAUGUGGUAGCACUGCAAAAGGAAAUGGAGAAGAGCCAGAGCAUGUUCCCUGGGAACCCCUCUGUGUGGGUGAAGGACCUGGCUGGAUAUCUCAACUACAAGCUGCAGGCACCUCAGAGCGAACCUACAUUAAGCCAGCACACACAUGAUUACCCAUACAGCCUGGUGGGCCGAGAACUUCGUGGCGUCAUUCGAGGACUGUUGGGGAAAGCAGCUAGUGUCCUGGAACUCUUCUUUGACCAUUGUCUCUACACCAUGCUGCAGGAACUGGACAAGACUCCAGGUGAGUCACUCCAUGGCUACCGCAUCUGUAUCCAGGCAGUUCUGCAAGACAAGCCCAAGAUUGCCACCAUGAACUUAGGCAAGUACCUCGAGCUACUGAGAUCCCAUCAGAAUCGACCAGCAAAGUGUCUGACCAUCAUGUGGGCACUGGGGCAGGCAGGCUUUGUCAACCUAACAGAGGGACUUAAAGUGUGGCUGGGGAUCAUGUUGCCUGUGCUGGGAAUCAAGUCUCUAUCUCCCUUCUCCAUUGCUUAUUUGGACCGACUGCUCCUGAUGCAUCCCAACCUCACCAAGGGCUUUGGCAUGAUCGGUCCCAAGGACUUCUUCCCACUUCUGGACUUUGCCUACAUGCCCAACAACUCCCUGGCACCCAGCCUCCAGGAACAGCUUUGUCAGCUCUACCCCAGACUGAAAGUGCUGGCAUUUGGUGCAAAGCCGGAAACUACCCUGCAUACCUAUUUCCCCUCCUUUUUGUCCAGAGCCACCCCUAACUGUCCCCCUGAAAUGAAGAAAGAGCUCCUGAGAAGCUUGACUGAGUGUCUGGCCCUGGAUGCCCUUAGCUUCAAUGUUUGGAGACAACUGUACACCAAGCACCUGGCACAAUCCAGCCUGCUGCUGGGACAUAUCCUGGAGACUUGGGACCAAACACCUAAGAAGAUGAGGAAGUCUUUGCAAGAAAUAAUUCAGUCCUUCAAAAUCACAAAUGAGGAGCUCCUGAGGAAAGGGGGAAGUAACACUCAGGACAUCACAGCCUGCAAUACCAUCUGCAAGGGCCUAUUGCAGCAAGCGCGUGGUCGUCAAGUACCGUGGAUUCAGCUGCUACUUGUGUUCCUAGUGUUUGCAGCUGGCUUCCUGUUCCAUGACUUCCGGUCACAUAGCUCCUUCCAGACUUCCCUGUCAGCCCGUGUGUUACAGUCAUCAGGCUUCCUGCCUGCUGGUGAAGAGGCCUGUGCCAAGCUCUAUUACUAUGGUCUUCAAGGUUAUAGCUGGCUAGAGGAGACAUUGCCUGUCUUUGGUUCCCAUCUAAUGGCAGUGCUAGAACCCAGCCUGCAGCUGGCCUGGACCCAAACCAACACAACAGUCACCUUUAUCUCUACCUAUUGUGUGUCCUGUCUUUCUUGGGCUUCUGAGAACCUACCUGGCAUCUUCCAGGAGACCCAGUUCACAGACUCAUUGUUACAUCUGCUCCUACAGCUAUGGGAGCUGCUGCUGCUCUUUUACCAGGACUUUCUGUUACCUCUGUGGCAUCUGCUACUUACUUCAUUAUCCCAGGUCCAGGAGUAUUGCCAGGAGGCUUGCAGAGGUGAUGUGACCUGGGACUGUAUAAAGAUACAGCUGAGUGAGUUUGCCCACUGGAUUUGGCUCUGCCUACAAGACACCACCAUUGCCCUUGUGGACUGGGCAUUAACCAUGAUAUCCCAGCAAUAGACCCUGCCUGAGCAGCUACUUGUUUCCAUUUCAGACAGGCCAGCAAAGACUGUGGAGGGGCAGGGGAAUAUGCAUGGGAGUAUGUGUCUGCAUGAAUGCCUUCUUUUUUGCUGUUGUUAACUUGGUGCCCCUUGUUUUGGCCUUAUCCCAUCUCCUGGAAGAGAUCUGCUGCCUCUGCCCCAGCACACCCUUUGAAGAGGCCUGAAGUGUGUCACUUCCAGCAGGCCUCAACCAUAUAUAUGUGCCCCAUAGAACUCUUCCUCCGACCCCAUAUCACACAGCUUUGUGUUUCUCCAUGCGUUCAUCUGGCAGUGUUUGCUCCUCUGGGAAUCUCUUCUUUACUGCCGUGUGUCCUUAAGAUGCAAACAGUUCAACCACAAAGAGACUAAACUCACCAUGAGAGUCCCUUCCUUGGUUCCUCUGACACGGUCCCAUUGUUCCUGAUCUCCUGGGCCUCAAGGAAAUGGCUCCUGGAAAUCUAAGUAGCCGGAGGAAAAGGCAAGAAGAGACCAGUGGACUCCAAUACCUAUUCUUAGUCCCAACUUCAGCCAUAAUACCAGGCUGCAGACAUGAGAGGAAGAGCCACAGGGGCAUUAGAAAGCACACACGUCUUAGCAGCCCUGACAUGGUCACCAAAGUCUAUCCAUUGGCCCAAGGGUAGCACCAGAAACAGACUCCUCUCCAAUCAGGAAGCUCAGCUUCCACUCUGUCAGGCCCCUCCAUCUCAGUUGUUCUACCACCACCUUCAUUCCCAUCCCAGUACAAGGAUAAGGCAGGUUGUCAGGGAUGGGGGUCUCUCCUGUGGCUCUGCUGCUCUUUUCUCCUCUUAUCCCCAUCUGCCCCUCAGGCCUAGGGCUCUGCAAGAGUUCCAGUGAUCAUGUGCCUGCUCCCUAACUUAGGCCCAGGGACUUCUUUCUCAAGUAUCCUGAUGGAACAGAGGGUUCAAGAUAUGACUUCUGGGGCUUGUAUAUGCCUACUGAGUAGAAUAAAAAACACAGAUUUGAUCUCUUGCUUCCCCAUUAUGUUUUGGUGACCCCCAAGGACUUUGGGUCAGUUGGAAUAAAAUCUUCCCGAUGUA